AUGGAGAUGUUCGCUUCAGACGAGGUCCGAGGCAGGGCUCCUCCAAAGGCCCCGAACCGGCGGGUCCCCGCAGGGCUCCAUCUCCGGCCUCGCCCCAGGGGCCCUCCGGGCUCGACACCCCGACAGCCGGGGGCUUCCCGUGCUUCUCCCCCAGUCCACUGGGCUUUUGUCCUGAGAUCGGGCGGCCGAGACCCUCAGUCUCUGCCCGCCCCGAAGAGCCCACUGUCCCCCCCCGCCCGGCUCCGGGGCGGAAGGGCACGGGCUUCGCCCAAAGAGGAGUGGGUGUGGGUCCCGCCCGAGAGAAGCGGGACAGCACAGGCGGGGGGCGGGGCGGGCCUGGGACUCACCGAGGCUUGGCUGGGCAGGGCCCGGGGGUUCGGGUGGGCUCCACUCCGCGGGCUCGUCCCGCCUCCUCGACCCGGGGGCUCCGGGGCCGGACGUCCCUCCCCUCCCCCGCUCCUCGCCCCGGGAUGGGUUACAGAGGGAGGAGGGGGCUCGGGGCGCGGCGCGGUCCUUAGACAGGAGUGGCGCCCCCCAUGCCUCUGGGCCGCCGCUCCGCCUCUUGGGGGGCUGGGGGAGGGAAGGGCGGGGGCCGCUGCCUCCGUCUGGCGCUCAAGUCCGUCUCAUCGUCGAGCCGCCGCCUCCCGCCCGCCCUCCCGGCCCUGGCGCUCCGCUCCGGCCGAGGUCGACCACCCUGAGCAGCCGCGUUCCGCAGGCAGGCUCCGGCGGCGGGAGCGACGGGAGCAGCGACGCUGGCUACGGCAGCCCCUGGUAGCGGCGGCGGACAGAACAGCGCCUCGGGCCGGCAACCCGGAAACUGAACCGCUGCCGCCGACCCCGCCGGGGCUGCAGGGGGCGCCAACCCGGAAGCUGAUCCCUCGGGCUCCCGGGAGGUGCGAGGCGGGGCCCCAGGGGCGGGGCAGUUGCAGCCGGCGGCCCGAGGCACCGGCCCGAGGACAGCUGCGCGGGGUUGGGCGGUCCGGCUUCCUGUCCCCGGAAGUUGUGCCGAGACGUCGUGGUCGCCGUGGGCGAGGGCGGGGAUGCGGAGGCGGCGACUGCCGGCUUCCCUCCCCCGACGGCCAGGCUUGGCCCGCUCGGCUCCGGUAA